UGAGUAACAUUUGCAAUGGUAAUGCAAUGAAGAAACUAACUCACGACUACAGUGAUAUAUUUUCAAUAAAAUAAUAUAAACCGGGAUUUUUAAAAUAUUAUUUUACCCCACGGAUAAACUCUGUCUUACUAAUACUGCAACAGAAAGCCUGAGUUCUAAAAAUUUAGGCAUUCUCUGUUCGAAGUAUGAAGCAAGGAGUGGCUUUAAGCGUUAUUUUUAAAGUGUGAAUGAUUUGACUGGUUUGGGGGGCUGUUUCUCCUCUCAGACUCGUAGAGCAGGGCGGAGAUGUUGCGGUAAGAAAGGCUUAGAGCCUUUUCCAUGGAAAAUAAAUGAAACCUCCAAUAUGGCGACAGCUGCAGCUUUCUCUCUCUUACCGUGAAAAUCUGCAAUGGGCAAGGUACCUUUUAUGACGACGUCUGCUCUUCCAAAUCAGGACAGUGGCCCUAAACUGUGGUAGAAGCUUUCCAAAGUAUGGUAUCUAUAAUAAUGGAAGACAAAAAAACUUGUAGUAAUGGAGUAUCUUCAACACUUGGCCUUAGAGAAAGAACUUUCUUAUGCAGGAGGCUAAACAUUAACUUUGAAGGUGCAGGAUGAAAAGAUGGCACAACUGCUUGUACCACCAGGACCAGACAGCUUCCACCUGUUUAACCAGGAGUCUCUCCAAGCUAUCGAGAAGAGGAUUGCAGAGGAGAAAGGAAAGAAACCCAAAGGAGAACGUCCCGAUGAUGACGAAAAUGGCCCCAAACCAAAUAGUGACUUGGAGGCUGGGAGAUCACUGCCAUUCAUAUAUGGUGACACACCUAAAGGAAUGGUUUCAGAACCCCUCGAGGAUCUGGACCCUUAUUACAUCAAUGAGAAAACUUUUAUAGUAUUGAACAGAGGGAAGACCAUCUUCCGGUUUAAUGCCACGCCUGCCUUGUACAUCUUAAGCCCUUUUAACCCUCUUAGAAAAAUAGCUAUUAAGAUUUUGGUACACUCCUUGUUCAGCAUGCUUAUCAUGUGCACUAUCUUGACCAACUGUUCGUUUAUGACACUGAGUAACCCUCCUGACUGGGCAAAGAAUGUAGAGUACACAUUCACUGGAAUAUACACUUUUGAAUCUCUUAUAAAAAUCCUUGCAAGAGGCUUCUGUGUAGGUAAAUUUACAUUCCUACGAGACCCAUGGAAUUGGCUGGAUUUCAGUGUUAUUCUUAUGGCAUAUGUGACAGAAUUUGUGGACCUGGGCAAUGUCUCAGCAUUGAGAACAUUCAGAGUUCUCCGAGCGUUGAAAACAAUAUCAGUCAUACCAGGCCUGAAGACCAUUGUGGGCGCCCUGAUCCAGUCUGUGAAGAAGCUGUCGGAUGUAAUGAUUCUGACUGUGUUUUGUCUAAGUGUUUUUGCACUAAUAGGGCUGCAACUCUUUAUGGGCAAUUUAAGACAUAAAUGUAUAAAGUGGCCAAUUGACAAUGUUUCUUCGAUCAACACAUCAGACAACAUGCAUUUUAACUCAGCAGACAACUCAUCAUUCAUCUGGUUGGACUACAUCAAAGAUAAAAAUAACUAUUAUUUCUUGCCAGGUCGUAGGGAUGCACUACUUUGUGGAAAUGGCAGUGAUGCAGGGCAAUGCCCAGAGGGCUACACAUGCAUAAAAGGUGGCCAAAAUCCAGACUAUGGAUAUACAAGUUUUGAUACUUUUAGCUGGGCAUUCUUAUCUCUGUUUCGGCUGAUGACUCAAGACUUCUGGGAAAAUCUGUAUCAGCAGACACUGCGAGCUGCUGGGAAAACAUACAUGAUUUUCUUUGUGCUUGUGAUCUUCCUGGGGUCUUUCUACCUUGUGAACUUGAUCCUGGCUGUCGUUGCUAUGGCAUAUGAGGAGCAAAACCAGGCCACAAUGGAAGAGGCUGAACAGAAGGAAGCAGAAUUUCAAGCAAUGCUUGAGCAGCUGAAGAAACAGCAAGAAGGUGCCCAGGCCGCCGCAGCUGCAGCCGCUGAGAGUGGGGAGUACAGUGGGGGAGGCGGCCUGACUGAGACUUCGUCUGAGGCCUCCAAACUCAGCUCCAAGAGUGCCAAAGAGAGGCGGAACCGGCGGAAGAAGAGGAGGCAGAAAGACGAGGAAGAGGAGAAAGGGGACAACGAGAAGUUUCACAAAUCCGAGUCAGAAGACAGCAUCACCAAGAGAAGAGUUUUUGGGAUUUCAAUCGAUGGCAACAGGCUGUCUUAUGAAAAGAGAUAUUCUUCCCCGCACCAGUCACUCCUCAGUAUGCGAGGGUCCUUGUUCUCUCCCAGACGCAACAGCAGAGCAAGCCUCUUCAGCUUCAGGGGGCGAGCAAGGGAUGUGGGCUCUGAGAAUGAUUUUGCAGACGAUGAGCACAGCACCUUUGAAGACAACGACAGCAGAAGAGGCUCGCUCUUUGUGCCGCGUCGCCAGGAGAGACGGAACAGCAACAUAAGUCAGAACAGCAGGUCAUCACGGGUUCUACUUCCGGCAAACGGAAAGAUGCACUGUACUGUGGACUGCAACGGUGUGGUGUCACUGGUGGGUGGACCAUCAGUGCCUACAUCACCUGUUGGACUCCUUCUUCCAGAGGCCACCACCACAACUGAAACAGAAAUAAAGAAAAAAAGAUCUGGAUCUCACCAAGCAUCAAUGGACUAUUUGGAAGACCCAUCAAUAAGACAAAGAGCUCUUAGUGUUGCAAGUAUAUUAACAAACACAAUGGAAGAACUGGAAGAAUCAAGACAAAAAUGCCCGCCAUGCUGGUAUAAAUUUGCUAACACUUACCUAAUCUGGGAUUGCUGUCCACAGUGGCUUAAAAUCAAAGAGAUAGUCAAUCUUGUUGUGAUGGACCCAUUUGUCGACCUUGCAAUUACUAUUUGCAUUGUUCUGAAUACACUGUUCAUGGCAAUGGAACAUUAUCCUAUGACAAAGGAGUUUAACCAUGUGCUAUCAGUAGGGAAUUUGGUAUUUACUGGAAUCUUCACUGCUGAAAUGUUUUUUAAAGUCAUUGCUAUGGAUCCUUACUAUUACUUCCAAGAAGGCUGGAAUAUUUUUGAUGGUUUCAUUGUGAGCCUUAGUUUAAUGGAGCUUGGGUUGGCAAAUGUCGAGGGAUUGUCUGUUCUCAGAUCUUUCAGGCUGCUGAGAGUGUUUAAAUUAGCCAAGUCCUGGCCAACGCUUAAUAUGCUCAUCAAGAUCAUUGGCAACUCUGUGGGUGCACUGGGAAAUCUCACCUUGGUUCUUGCCAUCAUCGUUUUCAUCUUCGCUGUGGUGGGAAUGCAGCUGUUUGGCAAGAGCUACAGAGACUGCGUCUGCAAGAUCUCAGAAGACUGCACGCUUCCUCGCUGGCACAUGUUUGACUUUUUCCAUUCCUUCCUGAUUGUGUUUCGGGUCCUGUGUGGCGAGUGGAUUGAGACCAUGUGGGACUGCAUGGAAGUAGCUGGUCAGAGCAUGUGUCUCAUUGUGUUCAUGAUGGUCAUGGUGAUUGGGAAUCUUGUGGUACUUAAUUUGUUCCUGGCUCUGCUGCUGAGUUCAUUCAGUGCUGAUAAUCUGGCAGCUACGGAUGAUGACAGUGAGAUGAACAACUUGCAGAUUGCUGUGGGACGGAUCCACAGAGGCGUUGACUACAUUAAAGGCAACCUGCGAGAGUCUGUCCAGAAAUUGUGUGUGAGGAGGAAGAAAGUUCUGGAUGAGAUCAAACCCCUCGAAGACCUCAACAACAAAAAAGAGGCCUGCAUUUCAAAUCACACCACUGUUGAAUUAACCAAGGAGCCAGAAUACCACAAGGAUGGCAAUGGAACAACCAGUGGAAUAGGCAGCAGUGUGGGAAAAUACGUGAUCGAUGAGAGUGAUUAUAUGUCUUUCAUACACAAUCCCAGCCUCACAGUUACAGUGCCUAUUGCUGUGGGUGAGUCUGACUUUGAAAACCUCAACACGGAGGACUUCAGCAGUGAAUCAGACAUAGAAGGCAGCAAAGAGAAACUAGAUCAGUCCAGCUCUUCAGAAGGCAGUACUGUAGACAUAAGGCCACCUGGGGAGGGAGAGCCAAUAGAAAUUGAACCUGAGGAAUCUUUCGAACCCGAAGCCUGUUUCACUGAAGGAUGUGUCCGGAAGUUCCAGUUUUGUCAGGUCAAUAUAGAGGAAGGCUAUUGGAAGCAGUGGUGGACCCUUCGAAAAACAUGCUUCAGGAUCGUCGAGCACAACUGGUUUGAAACGUUCAUUAUCUUUAUGAUCCUCCUCAGCAGCGGUGCAUUGGCUUUUGAAGAUAUUUACAUUGAGCAGAGGAAGACAAUUAAGACUAUGCUGGAAUAUGCCGAUAAAGUCUUUACCUACAUCUUCAUCUUGGAAAUGUUGCUGAAGUGGGUGGCCUAUGGGUUUGUGAAAUAUUUCACAAAUGCCUGGUGCUGGUUGGACUUCCUGAUUGUUGAUGUGUCUUUGGUCAGCUUAGUAGCUAAUGCUUUGGGCUACUCAGAAUUAACUGCCAUUAAAUCCUUGAGGACAUUAAGAGCACUGAGACCUCUAAGGGCACUGUCACGGUUUGAGGGGAUGAGGGUGGUUGUCAAUGCUCUUAUUGGAGCAAUUCCAUCCAUCAUGAACGUGCUCCUUGUGUGUCUUAUUUUCUGGCUCAUCUUCAGUAUAAUGGGUGUGAAUCUCUUUGCUGGCAAGUACUAUCAUUGUGUGAACACCACAACGGAUGAACGGUUCCUUGUCAACGUUGUAAACAACAUGUCAGAUUGUUUGAAACUUGGGAACGGUAGUCGGUGGAAGAAUGUAAAGAUCAACUUUGACAAUGUGGGAGCUGGCUACCUAGCUUUGCUACAAGUGGCUACAUUUAAAGGAUGGAUGGAUAUUAUGUAUGCUGCUGUGGAUUCACGGGAUCUGGAAGAUCAACCAGAUUAUGAAGUAAACCUUUACAUGUACUUGUACUUCGUUAUAUUCAUCAUCUUUGGUUCCUUUUUCACAUUAAACCUGUUCAUUGGUGUCAUUAUCGACAACUUCAAUCAACAAAAGAAAAAGUUUGGAGGUCAGGAUAUCUUCAUGACAGAGGAACAGAAAAAAUAUUACAAUGCAAUGAAGAAGCUUGGAUCAAAGAAACCACAAAAGCCUAUCCCCAGGCCUGCGAACAAGUUCCAAGGAUGCGUCUUUGACGUGGUCACAAAGCAAGCCUUUGAUAUCACCAUUAUGAUUCUCAUUUGCCUUAACAUGGUUACCAUGAUGGUGGAAACUGAUGACCAGUCUAAAGACAUGGAAAAUAUUCUCUACUGGAUUAACCUUGUAUUUAUUGUCCUUUUCACUGGAGAAUGUGUACUGAAGUUGAUUUCACUUCGGCAUUAUUACUUCACCAUUGGUUGGAACAUUUUUGACUUUGUUGUUGUCAUUCUUUCAAUAGUCGGCAUGUUUCUUGCAGACAUUAUUGAAAAGUAUUUCGUCUCACCAACUUUAUUCAGAGUCAUCAGACUUGCACGAAUUGGACGCAUCCUUCGGCUCAUAAAGGGUGCCAAAGGAAUCCGCACACUUCUUUUUGCCUUGAUGAUGUCACUUCCUGCCUUGUUCAACAUUGGUCUACUGCUCUUCUUAGUAAUGUUUAUCUAUGCCAUUUUUGGCAUGUCAAAUUUUGCCUAUGUCAAAAAGGAAGCUGGUAUUGAUGACAUGUUCAACUUUGAAACCUUUGGCAACAGCAUGAUCUGUUUAUUUCAAAUUACAACGUCGGCUGGCUGGGAUGGAUUACUGGCCCCAAUACUUAACAGCAGGGCACCUGACUGCGACAGUGAGAAAGACCAUCCUGGCAGCUCUGUGAAAGGCGAUUGUGGGAACCCUUCUGUGGGGAUUUUUUUCUUUGUCAGCUACAUCAUCAUAUCUUUUCUAAUCGUAGUAAACAUGUACAUUGCAAUCAUCCUAGAAAACUUCAGCGUUGCCACGGAGGAAAGCGCUGAGCCUCUGAGCGAGGAUGAUUUCGAAAUGUUCUAUGAGGUGUGGGAGAAAUUCGAUCCCGAUGCCACUCAGUUCAUGGAGUAUGCUAAACUAUCUGAUUUUGCCGAUGCUUUGGAGCCUCCACUUCGUGUACCAAAGCCAAACAAAAUCCAGCUUAUUGCAAUGGACUUGCCGAUGGUCAGUGGGGAACGCAUUCACUGCCUUGAUAUUUUGUUUGCUUUCACAAAACGAGUGUUGGGAGAAGGUGGAGAAAUGGACGCACUGCGCGGACAAAUGGAAGAACGCUUUAUGGCAUCAAAUCCAUCCAAGGUCUCUUAUGAGCCCAUCACGACAACCCUUCGUCGAAAGCAAGAGGAUGUGUCUGCCGUUAUCAUUCAGAGAGCAUUCAGGCGAUAUCUCAUGAGGCGAACCGUUAAGCAGGCCUCUUUUAUGUACAAAGAACAAAACAAAGUUGGAGUACACAUACUGGACAAAGAAGAAAUGGUAAUAGACAAAUAUAACGAAAACUCAACCACUGAGAAAACAGACAUGACACCUUCUACAGCUUCCCCACCUUCUUAUGACAGUGUAACAAAACCCGACAAAGACAAAUAUGAGAAAGACAAGAGAGAGAAAGAAGAUAAGGGCAAAGAUGUCAGGGAGCAUAAAAAGUAAAAAAACAAAAUAAAAAAUGCAAACUUAAAAAAGUCCAUUUAUAUGACAAAUUGUUUACAGCCUUUGAAGGUGACCUAUUUGUGUCAACUGGACUCCGUUUUGUGUGGAGAUCUAUGCCAAACUGACAGUGCUUACUAAACUAUUUAAGGUCAGUGCCUAAUAUAAGGCAGUGACCCUCGUCAGGAGACUGUGACUCUAAAUGGCAGAGGGGAGUCAAAUACCUAAACGGGAGGUUGCUGUUCUUACUACCAGCUGACACUGCUUAAUGGGAGAGUAAAACGGCUACUCGCACUGUAGGGGCCAGUUAAAGGGACCAGAAAACAUUUUUUUGUUUGUUUUGAGUGUUGCUGAAACCUAAAACACUUUAGUAUAACUAUUUCUUCUAUUUCUACUUCACCCAGUGUCUUGCAUUCCAACUGCCAUAUUUUUUAUUGUUUUUACAAAAUCUGUUUUAAUUUCAUUGUUUUUAAUUCAUAGGUUAUUUAUUCUAUAUGUGACUAUUUUUGUAAAAGGGUUUUAUGUUGAUAGGGUGGGGGUUUAUGUACUGCUUUAAUGGUAAGAGGACCAGAAACAACAACAAAAAAGUGUUUACCAAUGUCUUGAAACACAUACACUUUUUUUGCAUGGAAGCAUGUGCACUCAUAAUCAUGCAUGAAGGAUCAUUCAGUCAUCAAAAAAGAAAAAAAAAGUAUAUUUUAUCCAUGUCAGUGUUUCAGGGUGGUUCUCAAUAUUUUGAGGUGCUUCUUAAUCAUGUUUUGGUAACACCAGACAUUUGUAUGUGCCUAUUCUACUCCCUUUUUAACCCACUUGUAAGCUGAGAGGAAAUGGGUUGAAUGAAUAUCAGCAACCUUUUAUUUUCCAUUUCUCAAAGACUGGGAGAAAAACAAAAAUGCCCAUCCACUCCCAACCCUACAUUCCUUUUUUACUUUCAAAUUGACCCAAAGAUAUUUUUCUUUGUCCAGGAAUACAGUACAAUAAAUAUAGAUCCUUAACUCCCACAGUAUUGUUUAGACAUCUUCAGUUCUCCGCAAGACAACGUUUCGAAUGAAUGAAAUGAAAUCCCUCUGUGAUGUAAAUAGUUAAUUUCUCUGUGGUGCAUGUUUGAGCAAGCAGGUUUUCUUGGCAGAGUGUCUAUUGCUUCAAAUAUGUACCACCCAGGCUAGUCUGCAAGCUUAUGACAGGUAACACGCUAUAUUCUAUAUCAUAAGUAGUUUGAAGGCUGUCCUUGAUGCAUGUUAUAUUGCCUACGCUAUGUUUCUUCCUCUGUUGAAAAGUCUUCAGAUUUGGGAAGCCAUAUAUUGGUGGCAAAACAUAAAUUGCUCAACAGAAUCUCAUCUCUCCAUGUCAUUAAGCAAUAGUUUGUUGCUUCUCUUAAAAUAGUUUUUCUUUCUUUUUUUCAACAAAAAAAGAAAUGCUUCUGUUAACGUUUUUAUUUUUCAAAAACGGAUAUCGUCUUUUGUAUAGAAAAGGCAGAAAAGAUAGAACACGACACACUCUGCUUAAGCUGCGAAAAUUGUAAGUGGUUAGAGUUCACUCAAUGUUAAUAUAAAUAUUGUAAUAUAAUUCAUUUUAUUUAUUUUUCAACGUUUUUGUAUAUAAAAUAUGCUAUUAAAAUAUGGGCUUGAGGUCAACAUAACAGCCACUUUUAUUACUUUUGAUCCAUAGCACUUUUUCAUCCCCAGAGAAAACAAUACAUGGGGAGGUAUAGAUUUUUUUUUAACUUUUUGCACAUUGCUUUUGAUAUGUACAAUUUUGUUUUUGUAAAAUGGGACCACAGUUUACCUGCUUCUGCAUAGUGAUAUUCAAAGAUGGAGCAUAGAUGAGCCUAUUAUAUGAUUCAAUAGCACUGCCUGAAAAUGGAGGUGUCAAGGAGGAAGUCUCUUCACCAGUCCUUGAUUCUUUCCUGCAUUUGUUUACAUUUCUAUUUAUUUUAAUUUAUUUGUUCUUGUAAAAUGGUUCAUUCUGCACUGAGAACUACUGUAAAUGGAAUAAGGGUCCACCAUUUUUUUUCACAGAAGAGCAUAGUAAUGAACUUGUUUAACAUAAAUAUAUAUUAUAUAUAUUAUUUUUGGUUUACUUACACAAGCAGACAUUCAGUAGAUGCCAUCUUUUAUUAUGCUUGUAGUGUAUUAGUGAACUGCAUGCAGGAUAAUGCUAUUACCUUAACUAAUGGUAAAAUUUUAAAAAGCCAAAAGAAUAAAAACUACAUUUUUAUUGUACCUCAGGUAUGUCUUAGCAAUUUGUUUAUAUUUUCUUUGUCUUACAGCUCAACACCAUUCAUCACAUUGCGUACAGCACAUUAACACAAACUAUAUGUUUAAUGUAGCACCACUUUUUCUGUAUUGGUCUCUGCUAUUUAAGUAAGGUAUGUUUGCUUAAUGAUGCAUAAUGGGUUAUAUUCAAUAAAAUGGUUAAAACCAACAAAACAUUUCUGUGUAUUCACGUAUAUACUAUGUUGAAAUUUGUCAAUAUAAAAUGUUAUUAAUAAAGAUUUAAGUAUGUUACAUGAGGUAAGGAUUUACUAAACAGUACCAUGGUAUUCCAUCAAGUCAAAGAAAAUACUGUAUGUCAUACUCAUGUAUUGAGCAUGAUUAUUUUAUUUUUAAAUUUAUAUUAACCCCAACACAAAAAGAGGAUCCUAAACCUCACUGUGUCCCAGGUUAACAUAGCGUAUCUUAACCAUUUACAGAAGCAAACUGAAGAAACUGCUUUUAAACUGUAGAGCUACAGUAUAUCCUUCAGUAGCAAAAUGAUAAUAGAUUAAAUUAAAAUAGUGUGGACCAUUGCAUUUUUUCAGAUGAAGGGUACUUUUUUGUUCAAGUUUAAACACUUCAGAAAAACAAGAAAACACA